UGAGCGCUUGCGCAGACAGGACCAAGCGACAAAACUGAGAGCUCACAGAGGAAUUUGGUGAUUGGUUGGUUGGCCGGCACGCCGGCGCGUGGGCCGGUGUGUUUCCUGGCGCUGCUGCGGCUUCACGGGUCGUGACCCCGGAAGUGCUGUGUUGCGGCGUCCCAGUGAGGAAAGGCGGCAAUCGGCCGAAGUUAGUGCGGGGGACAUGGCGAGAUAGGCGGCCGAGGCGCCGGAACUUUUUUUGGAAAAUGGCCUCUCCAUUCAAUGGUCCCACAGCAGUUUCUGAUGUAAUUAAAGAUCUAGACACUCAGAUAGCACUGAUUGGUUUGGGCCCACAUAAUCCCAAAAAGAAGCAAGAUCUGGACAAACUCUAUGAUCUGAAGGCUAAAGCUCAGCAGAUUAUGAACCAGUUUGGCCCAUCUACCUUGAUCAAUUUGUCCAACUUUUCCUCAAUCAAACCAGAGCCAGCCAGCACCCCUCCACAUAGUUCCAUGGCAAACAAUACCACUGUGGCAAAGAUGCCAGGGACCCCUAGCAGUGGGGGGCGCCUCAGUCCUGAAAGCAACCAGAUCUUAACAAAGAAGAAACUACAGGAUCUUGUCAGAGAGGUGGAUCCGAAUGAACAACUGGAUGAAGAUGUGGAGGAGAUGCUGCUACAGAUCGCCGAUGACUUCAUUGAAAGUGUCGUGACUGCUGCCUGCCAGCUUGCACGGCAUCGCAAGUCCAACACUUUGGAAGUGAAAGAUGUCCAGUUGCAUCUUGAACGUCAGUGGAAUAUGUGGAUCCCAGGUUUUGGUUCCGAAGAAAUCAGGCCAUACAAAAAAGCCUGCACUACAGAAGCUCACAAACAGAGGAUGGCACUGAUCCGCAAAACAACAAAGAAAUAAUGCUCGGGAAUGGCAGGGAGAUUUCAGAAAGACUCUUGGGAAAAGAAUCUGCCUCAAACUGUGGAGUAUCCAUAACAUCAUCCAUGGGAUUGCUUGUUACGGCUUUACAGAGAAGCGUAUCUUUUCAUGGUGCAGCAAUAUCUGACUUUCAGAGGAGAUCUGCCAAAAGUCAUUAGGCCCUCCCUUCUCUCCCAUAUAUUUCCCCAAAAGAACACAAUGUAUCUUGAAACACAGACUUUAUUUUCUGCCUUCAGAGUGAUUUAUGGUGUAAGUGAUUGUCCAACGGACAGAAUAUUUUGGUAUUUUUGGGAACAGUAUUAGAAACAGCUGUAGAUGUUUUUCAUUUCCCUUUUACUCUUUGUAAUGUUGCUGUUUAUAGAUAUUUGGAUUUGUUUUACAAGUAAAGAAAUUAUGAAUAUAAAACUAGGUUGCAGUGUUGACGCAGGUUGCAAAAGGGCAUCAGAGCAGAGCCAGAGAUAGUUGCUCAAGGCAUACUUUUCCCCCCUAAUUCAGUACUCAACAUGGAUUGUAUUGCAAGGCCUUUUAUCUUUACGGAUGCAAUAGAUGUCCAGUUGAGCUAGCUACAUAGCAAAACUUCUAUGAGGAUGGUUGGUUCAGUUGAAAAGCCUUGGUCUAGUUCCCAACGCACACGGAUUUUUUUUUUAAAACUGGCAGCCUCUGACUAAUGGGAGAACCCUCAGCAUUCAAAGCGGUAUAUAGAUCUGGGUUCAAACAAUUUGUGGCUUGUUCAUAUCUCUUCUAUUACUGGGUGAAAAAUACUCUUCAGAAUAGUCGCCAGCCCUUCACUGAGUGGUCUAAUGCCAAAAAGCACAUGCAAGCUUAAAAUCGGUGAAAUUGGUGCAAAAUUCACUGUUGCCUCAGAUUUCCAUGCAUCAUGAAUUUUUUUUUCUUUUUUGCUGUUUCUCGAGCUCCUCACUAGCUGAAAAACUGCCCUCCUUCUCUAUUUCCCACUUGAUCGGUUGAGCUGUAGUAACAAAAGUGUUGAACUGCCCAUGAUCUAAAGUAAUUAACGAGGCAUUUAAUUGACCACCCAAUCUAUGUUUCUGGUGUUCUUUGUCUGAAUGUCUGUUGUGUAUAUGUGUGUGUGUAUUCAGUUUGCAUUAAGCCAUCCAUCAGAGGCUAUAGAAAUCUUUCCUUUUUAUGCCAUAUGCCAGUUCUCCACUCGUUUAGACUACAAUAAUAAACAAGUACAUUAAUGUA